CGGGAAACCCGAUGACUGCUCGGUUUCCAAACCCCAAGCUAGCACCAACAAACUGAGAAUUACAAUAGAUAACUAUCAUUAUCAUCAUAGAUAGAAAAGAAAGAAAGAAAGAAAUGAACCCAAAUAAAUCUUCAAUUAGGCCACUGGGUCAGCGAUCCAUACAUUCAACAUUCAUCUUUCGUUCAUCAAACAGGUCUAGCGAUUUUAAGAAAACUGUUGAAAUUAAAGCUAGCAAUGAAAAGGGCUCGCAAGUUUCACUCUCCGAAUUCUUGAAUCGAAAGCUGCAUCAAAGCUCUGUCCUACCCGGAUCCGCUCAGGGGAAAGAGAGGCCAUUUCUGUCCCCAGUCAGUUAUAAGGAUGUGAACCCCCUAAAAGGAGAAACAAGCAAGAAGGAAAUGAGCAAUGGGGAGAAGGAUUUCGCUGUUGAUAUUGUCCUUGAACAAUUUAAGCACUCUACAACAGAGACAAAAAGUGCAAAUUCUUUUGGUAGUAACAAGCUUAUGAGUGCCACCACAGGUGAAUAUGAGAUACAGGAAUCGGGAAAAAGAAAGAGAGGUGAUUAUCAAAAACCAGCUAAAAAGCUUGUGGCAGUCCUUGGAGAUGAUUCAGUGACACAGAGAGGAGGAAGAAGGAAGAGCUUGGCAAACCAUGAGAAGCCAAAUCUUUUGUUCAAUCAUUAUGCAAAUGGGGGUGGCUGGUGGGACGACAGUAUGGAAGGUGUUGAUAAUGAAGAAGUAGGUUGUGCUGAAGUAUGGGAAGGGAUGGGUUCCACCACACUUGGGGGGCUUGAUUGGCACUGAUCACUCUUACUCUUGUAAACUUGCAAUUUGCUCUGGAUAUGUAUAUAGUUUUCUUUGAUGACUGAAAUCUUGGAUUUGCUCCAGUUACUCUGAUAAUUUAACCAUG